AUGUGGCUCACCCAAAUGUUCCUUGAUGCGCUCAGCAUCAAGUACGUCGCAGCCAGGGCGACGAUGGGAGAGAAGGGAGUCAAGCUCCUAGUUGAGCAGGGCAACCGAGAACCGCGUACAAUCCGCAGACAUCGAGUGACCAACAUCGGACGGCUCUAUAGCCCCUUCUUCGUGGCGGCGUAUGGGCAUGUCAAGGCUGCGCGUCUGUUGCAGAAUCGAGGCGCCUGUGUUAUCAUUGACAACGCCCGCCGCGAGGCUGCCCAGCGCUUUACACGUUGGCGACUGAUUGGGACGUACUCCUAG